AUGUCUUCGUUUUCACCCCUCAUCGUCUCGUCGCAUCACACUAAGUGCCUCUCAGCCACCGAGAUUGGCACAGCCGUCUCGUACUACGCCAUCAUGUCCCCUCUGAGCUUCCGGUGGACUCGCAAGCGGGGUCCCCACAUCAUCCUGGCCAUCUGGGUGGUGGCUGCGCUGUUGUCUAGCGUGCAGUUCGUUCAUGGCCGAGCCACUCCCUUCACCUGGGCCGACGGCACCUACUACGACUGCCACGAAAACUGGGACGAGAAGGCCGGAAAGGUGUACACGGCUGUGAUAUUCACGGUGACCUUCCUGACCCCCAUGCUGGUGCUCACAUUCACCUACUCGUCUAUCGGCUGGAAGAUGUGGCGCCACACGUCACCUGGUAACGCCGACAUCCAGCGCGACCAGCAGCAACUCACGGCUAAGAUGAAGGUUGUCAAGAUGCUUGCGACGGUGGUGCUGAUGUUCGCCGUGUGCUGGCUGCCGAUUCACCUGAUGAACCUGAUAUUGUACUUCGACCGCGCCGCCAUGCAACCAGACACGACGGAGCAGGAGUACCUGUACAUCGCGGCCUUCUUCUCCUGCCACUGGUUCUCGAUGGCCAACAGCUUCGUCAACCCUAUAAUCUACUGCUUCAUGAGCGACAACUUCAGAGUUGACCUUCGACAGCUGAUGAUGAGCUGCUGUUCCCCAUUGGCGGAGCACGCGAGCCGCACCUUGACCAAGCGCAGCUGCUCGCACGGCGGCUCCCUCCGAAGCAGCACGAUAGUAAUGUCCACUGCCGCUGCAGGCGCCAACCACGUGGGCGCCUCGAGCCUGCGCCGGCACCAACGCUGCGACGGCUUCCACGCUUCGUCCACUGUCAUGGUGCCCCUGCGUAACCUAGGUCUCUCUGGACAGCAUGCUAACUCGGGCGGCGGCGUUGGCGGUGGAGGCCCAUCCACCCGGGUUCCGAUUUACGCGUAG